AUGCCGUUCAUUAAACUCGGGUUAGACUGUAAGACCGGUUUGAACUGCUUCCUCAUUUCAUGGAAAUCCCAGGACGACCCAGGAUCCGGGAAUGUAAGCUACAGAAUUGACCCAACCAGUUAUCCUCAGUUAUUCAUGUGCAAAAACCAGAAUCCACUCUGGAGGCUCCAAUCUUGGAUGGGUCGAAGAUCGAGCGGUGUGCCCAAGAUGACACCCAACUUCAUCUUCAGUGUCAUCUUUGUCAACAAUGCCACUGAAGUUACUGUAAUGUGUGGUGUGAAGGACCCUUUUGUCUUGACAAGAAUGGUGCUUGAAAACUCUGGUUACGUGAGACGAAAGACAUGGCAAACUCAAGAACACAGAUGGUUCGAGAUCUGGAAUGGUCCGAAAGAGGACUGCGACAACUUCCAACGGUGCGGGUCAAAUAUUAACUAUGACCCGUAUAACACUGAGAAGUUCGAGUGCGUGUGUCUGCCUGGAUUCGAACCCAAGAACCUGAGAGAAUGGUAUCUCAGGGACGGGUCGGAUGGGUACGUGAGGAAGAAGAACGUGUCCACGUGUCGAAGCAGGGUUCGUAAAGGUGGCACGUGUGAAAUCACCGGGGGUCCGGUUUCUCUCAACGUCAUUUUUCUCGGUAUCCCUCAGAAGCUUUGA